UGCGGUCUGUGAUCUGCUUCUAGAGAAGUGACUCACUGCUGUUUAGUGAACAGUAGUUUGCCAAUUUGGUACAUCUAGACUAUUUUUAUCUCCGGUUCUUACUGUGUUCAAUCAUAAUCAAAGGAACUACCGCUGCGCUUCUUAGGAAAUUGUUUACUUUCUUGACCUCCAGCCCUCAUUUAGUCUCGCCCUCAUUAGUCAUUGCUAAGUAGACAUGGAGGAGACUAGUGUGGAAGUGAAAAGUGUGAGCUUCAUUCGCUUCUUUGUCAAUGGACAUGAGGUUAUUGUACAAGAUCCAGAUCCUGAAAUGACACUGCUGACUUACCUGCAUCAUCAUUUAAGGAUAGGCUCAAAGACUGGCCUAACAGGGACAAAGCUUGGUUGCGGUGAGGGUGGCUGUGGAGCUUGUACAGUAAUGGUAUCUUAUUAUGACGAUUCUAAAGACAAAAUAAAGCAUUACUCAGUCAAUGCUUGUUUGGCUCCUUUAUGCUCAAUGGAUGGUCUCUCUGUCAUUACAGUCGAGGGCAUUGGAAACUCUAAAAAGCUUCAUCCGUGCCAAGAAAGGAUAGCAAAAGCUCAUGGCUCCCAGUGUGGUUUCUGUACUCCUGGCUUUGUAAUGUCCAUGUAUACGCUACUAAGAAACAACCCAUCCCCAACUCAGGAAGAAAUGGAGCAUACUUUUGAAGGGAAUCUCUGCAGGUGUACUGGCUAUAGACCUAUACUGGAUGGAUAUAGGACGUUCUGCUCUGAUUAUUGUCCUUGUAAAGAAGGAGAGAAUGGUAACACUGCUGAGGCUCCAAAACUCUUUGAUGCAACAAAGUUUAUCCCUCUUGAUCCAAAUCAAGAAGUCAUAUUUCCUCCAGCACUAAAGAUUGCAGGCAAGGUUCCACCAUUAUCUCUGGCAAUCAAAGGCCCUAGAGUGUCUUGGUAUAGGCCAGUAUCAUUGCAGGAAUUGCUUCAAUUGAGGAACACUUUCCCUCAUAAUAAAAACAAGGAUCAACCUCAAUACAGACUGCUUAUGGGAAACACUGAAAUUGAGAUUGAAAGAAGACAAAAAGGCUGUACAUAUCCAGUACUAAUAUGUCCCUCACAUGUUCCAGAGCUCUUGGAAUUGAAGCUGACAGAUGAAGGAUUGCUUGUAGGAGGAUCAGUAACACUAUCUAAUCUUAAGGACUUCAUUACUACUGCUAUCACUCAACUGCCCUCUCACACUACUGGAGUAUUGCAAGCUGUACUGAAUAUGCUCAAGUGGUUUGCUGGAGCUCAAAUACGCAAUGUAUCAUCUUUUGCUGGGAAUAUUGUUACAGCUAGUCCUAUCUCUGACUUGAAUCCUGUAUUACUAGCAAGUGGUGCUACAUUAAACCUUCAGUCAAUUGGUAAUUGGCAUUAUACUGUAGCCUCAAUUGUAUUCACAUUAUGUAUAGAUGGUGAGCGUGUACUGAAAAUGGAUAGCUCCUUCUUUACUGGUUAUCGUUCUACUGUUUUAAAACCAAACGAGAUACUGAAAUCUGUUGUAAUACCCUUUACAGACAAGACAGACCAUGUGUUAUCCUUCAAGCAGUCAAGGAGGAGAGAAGAUGAUAUUGCCAUUGUCAAUUCCUGUAUGUUUGUACGUCUCUCUAACAAUGAUCAUAAAACUGUUGAGCACAUCAGAAUGGCUUUUGGUGGUAUGUCAUAUAAAACUAUAACAGCAUCAGCAACUGAAUCAAAAUUAACUGGAAGGAAAUGGGACGAUAAUCUAUUGCAGUUAUCAUUGAAUAGUCUAACGGAUGAGCUAGUAUUGGAACCGACUGUACCUGGUGGUAUGCCUGAUUAUAGACUCAGUCUUGCUCUGUCAUUCUUUUACAAGUUCUACCUCACUGUGCUUCAACAGUGUAAUCCUCAGCUAGUACCACCACAAGAAACCUCUGCAAUAAAAGAGUUUCAGAAAGCUCCAGCCCAAGGGUCGCAAGGUUUUAAACAAAUAUCCAGUUCAGGGAAUAACACUAUUGGUCAGCCAAAGAUGCAUCUAUCAGCGAUACUUCAGGCAACAGGAGAGGCAGUUUAUACUGAUGAUCUGCCACACUAUGAGAAUGAGCUAUAUGCUGGAGUAAUACUUAGCACUGAAUCACACGCUAGAUUUACUAUUGAUAGCUCUCCACUGGAAGGAAUAGAUGAAGUAUAUUUUGUUAGUGCUAAUGAUGUACCAGGCAGUAACGAUGGCACUGGCUCUGGUAAAGAUGAACAGGUUUUCAGAGUAAACACUGUCACUAGUGUUGGCCAAAUCAUUGCCAUUGUACUAGCAAAAACUAAAGCAAUCGCUCAACGCUAUGCCAAGGAAGUUAAAGUUAAUUACGAGAAAUUAGAGCCAGUUCUAAGCAUAGAGGACGCAAUUAAGAAGCAACAGUUUCAUCCAGAAGGAAAACCAGCUCACGUUAAACUCUGGACUGGCAAUACAGAAUCAGCUCUUUCAUUGUCAGAGCAUGUGUCUGAGGGAGUAAUGAGAACCGGAGGACAGGAGCACUUUUAUCUUGAGACAAAUGCUUGCAUUGCAAUACCAAAAGGAGAGAAUGGGGAAAUGGAAUUAAUAGCAUCUUCUCAGUGCUUGUCUGACAUGCAGCAUUGGGCAGCUAAAGCUCUUGGGGUUGAUGCUAACAAGAUAAUAGGAAGAACCAAGAGAAUAGGAGGUGGUUUUGGAGGAAAACAAACAAGAUUCUCGCCAUUGUCUUCUGCAAUAGCUGUUGCUGCUAACAAAGUUGGUAGACCUGUGAGGAUAAUGAUGGACAGAAAUGAAGACAUGUUAUAUUCUGGUAAUCGUCACCCAUACAAAGGAAUAUACAAAGUAGGAUAUACUAGCAAAGGGAAGCUGACAGCUCUUGAAAUGGAAUUAUACUCUAAUGGAGGCUAUUCAGCUGAUGAAUCAGUGCCUGUGCUAGAGAGAGCUCUCCUCCAUUCAACUAAUGCAUACUUUGUUCCCAAUGCUUAUCUUCAUGGAAAAGUCUGUUAUACUAAUAUACCAUCCAAUACUGCAUUUCGUGGAUUUGGUGGACCUCAGGGAAUGAUAAUAAUGGAGGAUGCAAUGGACAGGAUAGCUUAUACACUCAAUAUGGAUCCUGUCACCGUUCGUGAGAUGAAUUUGGUAAAAGAAGGUGAUGAGACUGUAUAUGGAUUCAAAUUAACUGAUUGUCAUAUGAUGAAAGCCUGGAAGAAAUUGCUUGAAGUCUCUCAAUAUUACCAGAGAAGAGAUAAAGUGAAAGAGUUUAACAAAGAUAAUAAAUGGAUUAAGAGAGGGCUUGCUAUCAUUCCCACAAAGUAUGGCUGCGCAUUUGGAUAUAAUGUGCUUGAUCAAGGUGGCGCUCUGGUCCAUGUUUAUAAAGAUGGCUCUGUUCUUAUAAGUCAUGGUGGGAUGGAAAUGGGACAGGGAUUACAUACUAAAAUGGUGCAGGUAUGUUCGCGCUGCCUUGAUAUCCCUGUUAGCAAAAUUCACAUUAUUGAUACUGCUACUGAUAAAGUACCUAAUAGCAGUCCAACUGCUGCUUCAUCAUCAUCUGAUCUCUAUGGAAUGGCCAUUAAGGAUGCUUGUGAUCAAAUCAGUGAGCGGAUUAGGCCGUUUAAGGAGAAAGACCCAAGUGCUGGCUGGAAUCAAUGGGUAAUGUCUGCUUAUAUUGAUCGAAUUAAUCUGUCAGCUCAAGGAUUCUUUAAAGUUGAUUAUUCUGGUAUUAACUGGGAAACAGGGAAAGGCCAGGCAUACAACUAUUAUGCUUAUGGCGUUGGCUGCUCUGAAGUUGAAAUUGACACACUGACGGGAGACUUUAAGUUGCUAAGGAGUGAUUUAAUAAUGGAUGUUGGAGACAGUUUGAAUCCAGCUAUUGAUAUAGGACAAGUGGAGGGUGCUUUCACACAGGGCCUUGGUUUGUUCACAAUGGAAGAGGUUGUAUUCCUGAGAGAUGGAAAGCUACUGACAACUGGACCAGGAACGUACAAAAUUCCUUCAUGCAAUGAUAUUCCCAUUGAGCUUAAUGUCUCUCUAUUAGACUCUACCCCUAAUCCAAAAGCAAUUUUUAAUUCCAAAGCUGUGGGUGAACCACCAUUAUUUUUGGCUGGUUCAGUUUUCUUUGCUUUAAAAGAUGCUAUUAGGUCUGCUAGAACAAGUCGGGGAUAUAGUCCAGUUUUUGAUCUCUGGGCUCCUGCAACUGCUGAGAGAAUAAGGCUGGCAUGUGAAGACAAGUUCACUAGACUGGUUGAUGAAAAAAUGAAAGAAAAGUUUAAGAAUGUCGAGGAAAGGUGGAAUGUUAUACCUUAAAAACAAUCAAUGAUUAAUGAUAAAGUUAUUAUUAAAAUUAAUUUUUAAUAAUAAUAAUAAUUAACCCUCAAGAUGGAUGCUGGAGGAUUGUCGUUAGAUCAUUACAGUGUACCACAGCGACACGUCUUUUAUGAAUCAGAAGAAGAAGAGGAGGAAAAUGAAGAACAAGAUAAUUUAUUUGUAAUUGAUGCUCCAACUGCACUCCCCAACGUCAAACUCUUGGUGCUGUGCACAACUGAAGUGGGCGGAGUGUUCAUGAAGAGCCACGUGACCUUGGAGCCUCAACCGCUUUUAAACAUAGACACUUGCUGUCCAGAGAAAGUAUUGAAAGAUUGUUAUUUUCAUCAAAGACGAGACAGGGUAAAUGAGACGGUUGGGGAAUUAUAUAGAGUUAAAGGAAAGGAAGACGCGUUUGUGUAUGUUCAAUUAAAAUCCUUAAAAGACGAACAUUGUAAUCAGUGGAGUAGAAUGUUGAUAGAUGCCACUAGGCCUGACACAGUUAUAAUCCUCCACUCAUCUCUUCUUCAUCAGUAUUACCACACUGAAGAUGAGGAGUUGGAUGAAGAAGAGGAAGUAGAAGGAGAAGCACAGUUUCUGAAAUGCUUACAAACUAGAUCAUGGUCUGACAAACCACUGACAUCACUACUCAGUUCAAAUAACAUAAUUACAGGAGAAGCAGCUGCUGCUAUGUCAUUGUGUCAGUAUGCUUCAGUCCCUGCAUCAAUUGUUGUACAAUAUUUCUCGUCUUCUCUCACGCUUAAAGAAAGAGCAAAAGGAUGGAGGCCCCUUUUCUCUCACCCUCUGUUAUCUCAAUCAGUCUCUCUUGUGUCACUGGGUGUUGCUAAUAAAAAUUUGCAUUCGCUUACACUUAGGAAACAUAGUGAUCUUGACACAUUGUAUACUUGAGUACUACUGACUAAGAAAAUUUGUAUUUGUUACAUAGUACAAAUACAAUAACUACAAUAAUCAAUACUAAAUCAAUGUCAGAUACACUACUAGUUGCUACAAAUAAGUUUUGUACUAGUUAUUCAUGAGAAAUGAUCAGGUUCA